AUGCUUCGAGCCUUGUCAGUGCUAGAUGAUAUUGAAGGCCUAAAAAAAUUAUUAGAGGAGUGGGAGAUGGGUUGCUUAGUUUAUGACGGGAGGCUACCAGCUGUUGUUAUAGGUGCUUACCUGAGGCAUGACAUGCUUGAAGAGGCUGAACAGCUGCUGAGAGAUAUAAAAGUUAAGGCUGGUCGGCUGAUAAAGUUUGCCCAUGUCCUUUUCAUGAACUACUUCUUGGAAAAACAUCAAUUUGAUUCCGCAUUGAAGCAUAUGGAAGCUGCAAUGGCUGUCAAAUGGAAGCCAGUAGUAGAAAAGCUUGAUCCUUUCUUCAAUCAUUUCAAAGAAGAGAAAAAUGUUGAUAGUGCUGAAGAAUUUUGCCAAAAGUUAGUGAAAGUCCAGCCUCUCGACUCGAGGACCUACUUGUGGUUGCUUCAAACUUAUGCAGCUGCAGGUAAAACAGCCCCAAACAUGCGUCAAAGGAUGGAGGGAAGUGGUAUAGAUAUUACCCCUGAGCAUGAGGAGUUGCUCCAGAAGAUAUGUUAG